AUGCUUCUCAUGUUAGAAGAAAAUGAUAAGCUUAAUAGUCCAGAUGAUUAUGAUCAGGUGGUACGGGCUGAAAUACCAAAUCCAAAUGAAGAGCCUGAAUUGUAUGGUGCCGUCUUAAGGCAUAUGAUACAUGGUCCAUGUGGAAUACACAAUUCACGAUCACCCUGUAUGAAACGUGGUAGCUGUAAACGAAAUUAUCCUAAGCCAUUUGCACCAACUACAGUUCAAGGAAAUGAUUCUUAUCCAGUCUAUCGUAGAAGAGACAAUCAUGAUCCAAUCCCAUUAGAUCAUAAUGCACGUAUAAUGGUGGAUAAUCGGUGGGUCAUUCCGUACAACUCAUGGCUACUCCUCAGAUAUGAUUGUCAUAUUAAUGUUGAGAUUUGUUGCAGCAUUAAGAGUGUUAAGUAUCUGUACAAAUAUGUUUACAAAGGUCCCGACCGAGUAGCUUUUGAAGUCCAUCAUGAACCUAUUCAAGAUGAAAUAAAGCAGUUUGUUGAUGCAAGAUGGAGUUUUUUUACCAAGAAUACCACUUGCCCGGAAGCAAGACAAUACUUAUACCGGGAAUUCCCUGAACGGUUCAAAUGGAGUCAAAGAGAUAAACUCUGGAGUGAGAGGAUGAAUAACCAUAAAGUUAUUGGCCGGAUAUAUGCAGUCUCGCCGAAUGAGGGUGAAAAAUUCUACUUACGCAUCCUUCUUAAUCAUGUUAGAGGACCAACAUCAUUUGAGAACUUAAGAACAGUCAAUGACAUUGUACAACCAACAUUUAAGAAGGCAGUGGAACAACGAGGUUUGCUAGAAGAUGAUGAUAGCAUUAGACAGUGUCUCUGUGAAGCCACUAACAUUCGCAUGCCGUCAGCUUUGCGAAGGUUGUUUGUUACCAUCUUAGUUUAUUGUGAGCCACAUGGAGUAAGAAGAUUAUGGGAUGAAUUUCAUUCAUUUAUGGUGGAAGAUUAUUCUGUUUCAAGUACCACAAAUAAUACUUCUAUCUUGAACAAGCUUUUGCAAGACUUGAACGGACUAUUAGUGCAACAUAGUAAGUCUGUAUCUGAUUACGAUUUACCACAAAUAACACAAGAUUGUGUUAGAGACAACACAAUUCCAAGGAUAAUACAAGAUGAAGUUUCACUUGACAUCUCUGAAGCAGACCUCAAUGCGGUACAAAAUCUAAAUGAAGACCAAAUGGCAGCGUAUAACUCGAUUGUGUCUGCUAUUGAACAACGAGACAAUGCCAUAUUUUUUGUGGAUGGUCCCGGAGGGACAGGAAAGACAUACUUAUAUCGUGUUUUGUUAGCAACCUUAAGGAGUAAGGGUCAUAUUAUAUUGGCAACAGCAACAUCUGGAAUUGCAGCAACCAUAUUACCAGGUGGAAGGACAGCACACUCUAGAUUUAAAAUUCCCCUCAGUCCAGAUGCAUCUUCCACAUGUUCUAUUAGUAUCCAGUCAGAUUUGGCAGAAUUGAUAAGAAAAACAUCAGCUGUUGUUUGGGAUGAAGCACCAAUGGCACACAGGUUUGCAUUUGAGGCUCUCGAUCGAACGUUCAAAGAUAUAAUGGGCGUUGACCUACCAUAUGGAGGAAAGGUCAUAAUCUUUGGAGGAGAUUUUCGACAAGUUCUUCCAGUUGUUCCAAAAGGUACAAGAUCUGAAUUGAUGCAAGCAAGUAUGAUUAAUGCUUCAUUUUGGGAACACGUGAAAAUCAUUCGUCUUAGGCAUAACAUGAGAUCCAUCAAUGAUCAAGACUUUUCAGAGUUCUUACUUCAUGUUGGUAAUGGGGAACAAGAAACUAUGAUAGACGACAUGAUGCAAUUACCAUCAUCUAUGGUUAUUCCAUGGAAUGGUGAAGAAUCCAUUGUCCAAUUGGUUAAUGAAGUUUUCCCCGAUUUGGAAUGUCAUGUAUGUGAUGCAAGAUACUUGGUGGAAAGAGCAAUUAUAACACCAAAAAAUGAGGAUGCUGACAAAAUCAAUAAAAUGAUCAUCGAUAAAUUUUCGGGGAUUGAACAUAUCUUAUACUCUUUCGAUUCAGUUGAGGACGAUGUGAGAAAUUUGUAUCAACAAGAAUUCUUGAAUUCAAUCUCACCUGGUGGAAUGCCCCCUCAUCAGUUAACUUUGAAAAAAGGUGCCCCGAUAAUGCUUUUGAGAAAUAUCGAUCCGAAGAUGGGGUUGUGCAAUGGUACAAGACUGGCGUGCCAUGGAGCUUACAAUAAUCUAAUUGAUGCCGAAAUCUUAUCUGGACAAUUUGCUGGAACUAGAGUGUUUUUACCAAGAAUCUCUUUAAAGACCACAGAAAGUGCAGGACUCCCAUUCGAAAUGAUGAGAAAACAGUUUCCAGUGAAAUUGAGUUUUGCACUAACUAUAAAUAAAUCACAAGGGCAGACAAUACCAAAUGUGGGUAUUUAUCUACCAGAUCACGUAUUCAGUCAUGGACAAUUGUACGUGGCUUUAUCAAGAGGAGUUUCAGCGUCUACAACAAAAGUCUUGGUAAAGAAAGGAGAGUUACACGGUAACGAAGGAGUCUUCACAAGAAAUGUUGUGUACAAAGAUAUUUUGCUUCCCUCGAAUUCAACAUAAGGUUACAUUCUUUCUUUUAAUGUUUAAUUCCCUUUUUCAACUUUUAAUGCACUUCAAUUACAAAUAAUGCUAAUAUUUGAUUUUAACCAAACGCAUUAAAUUUUCAACAGUACGGAAUGAUAUGAGUUCAUUAUAUUUUUUGGUGUCAUGUGCAUCAAGGUCAAUUAAAUUUCUUGGAUUGUUUUUAUACUUUUUAUUUAACUUUUAGUUGCAACUAAAUUAUAAGGAUCUUCUCUGUUAUUUAUUACUUUUUUUUUUUACAUAUUCUAGACAAAAUACUUUAGAUUCCGCCUGUAUUAUUAGAUAUGAUAAUCGCCUUUAUU